GCUCGCCACUCUCAUCAGACAGGCUGAGGCGGUGACACGGGUUCGAUCCCCUCCUCUGGAUCUUGUUUGCCCCUGGCCUGGGGGGCUUCAUCGAGAAUUCCCUGGCCGUCUCAGAGGGUUGUGCAGAAAUCACCGAUUCUUACAAGGAAGCUGCGAUCUUUCCCCCCCUGGACACAGAAGAGUGAAAAUGCAAAAAGGUCCAGCAGCUGGAAGAUCGGCUUGAAGUUUCGAGCAGAAUUAAUCUACAAAUAAAGGGGGCAUAGUCAGGGGGGCGCCUGGAUUUAGGUAUUCAUUUAGAUACGUAGUGUUUCCCCCCCACCCUCCCCCUUUUUCCAUUAUUAUAUUUUUUUUUCCCCGUGGUGGGUUCUACAAGUUUCGAAAACAAGAGCACUUGAAUAUUCAUGGUAAGAGUGACAUUCUUUAAGAAGGAAAUGUGUUAAUUUUCUGUGACUGUUCUCCCCUCUCGGCCCCACUGUCACUGCCCUUGCAGAUUGGAUGUAAAAUCAGAAAUAGCUUUCAUGUCAGGAGGAGGGAGACGGAAGGGGGAGGGCCGUGAUUAGCUGCUGAGAAAUUCCUUUUCAGUUUGAUCAAGGCAUGCAAAGCCUAAUCCACUGAUCGACACCCAAUUCUUUUUAUUUUUGCUUUUUGUUUGUGUUUUUUAGGUUUUAGUUUUUUUUUCUCCAGGCGAGCUAUGAAAUAUCAGGUCCACAGGCUCAGUUUAUGGUCAGGGUAGACAUAUAUUUUCUUUGCAUUCGGGGUAGAUCGUGAAAAAAGGCAAUUUUUCAAAGCUCUUUUUUUUUUUCUCCUCUUAUUUGCGAAACAAGGAAGAGGUGGGAGGGAUUUUCUCGCUCUAGGCUGGAAUUUGAGCUGUGAGACUGAACUGUCUCUUUCAGAGCCCCAUCCAGGAUCACUCUCUAUGGAAACAACCUCAAGAAUUUCAAGGGUGGCUUCCUAGAUUUUCAGCAGUCUGUAUGAAAUCCCCUUCUAUUUUUUCUUCUUCUGCCCCUAUGUGUCUGUUCCCAUAGUACGGAAUAUGCCCUAUGAAGACAUUCGCACAUGAACAGAUUUCCUAGGUAUUUGUUUUCCCUCUUUUUCUUCAUGAGCUGUGAUUAAAGGAGAUCUAUUUUAGUUUUCAAGAUAUUUUUCAAAGGAAAGCAGAUUUGAUCGUCCGUUUCGAUUUUGUAAAAAAGAAAAAAAAGAAACCGAACGCGAGACGCGUUACUCUGCCAAACUGGAGAUGGCGGAAAAUUGGAAAAACUGUUUCGAAGAAGAGCUGAUAUGUCCUAUAUGUCUGCAUGUGUUUGUUGAACCCGUUCAGCUUCCGUGUAAGCACAAUUUUUGCCGAGGUUGUAUAAGUGAGGCCUGGGCGAAAGAGACAGGCCUGGUGAGGUGCCCUGAGUGCAACCAGGCCUAUAAUCAAAAGCCUAACCUCGAAAAGAACCUUAAGCUCACCAACAUUGUGGAAAAAUUUAAUUCUCUUAACGUGGACAAGCCACCGUCUAUCCUGCACUGUGUAUUCUGUAGAAGGGGUCCACCGCUGCCUGCCCAGAAGAUCUGCUUGAGAUGUGAAGCGCCGUGCUGCCAGUCCCAUGUCCAGACUCACCUACAGCAACCCUCUACUGCUCGUGGGCACCUCCUGGUAGAAGCCGAAGACGUCAGAGCCUGGAGUUGUCCACAACACAAUGCUUACCGACUGUACCACUGUGAAGCGGAGCAGGUGGCAGUCUGCCAGUUCUGCUGCUACUAUACCGGUGCCCACCAAGGACAUUCAGUAUGCGAUGUGGAGAUACGUAGAAAUGAGAUCAGAAAAAUGCUUAUGAAACAGCAAGAUCGCUUGGAGGAGCGGGAACAAGAUAUAGAGGAUCAGCUGUACAAACUGGAAUCUGACAAGAGAUUAGUGGAGGAAAAAGUUAACCAGCUGAAAGAUGAGGUCCGGCAACAGUACGAGAGACUGCACCAAAUUUUGGAUGAAGACAUGAGAAAAACGAUGGAUAUUUUGGAUAAGGCUCAGGCCAAGUUCUGUAACGAGAAUGCAGCCCAGGUUCUGCACCUGAACGAACGUAUGCAAGAAGCCAAAAAGCUCCUGAGCUCUGUGCAGGUCAUGUUCGACAAAACAGAGGACAUUAACUUCAUGAAGAAUACAAAGUCUGUGAAAAUCCUGAUGGACAGGACUCAGACCUGCACUGGAGGAAACCUUCCACCACCGAAAAUAGGACAUCUGAACUCCAAACUCUUCCUGACAGAGAUUACGAAGAAGGAGAAACAGCUGAGGAAAAUGCUGGAAGGCCCGUUCAGCACCCCUGUGCCAUUCCUGCAGAGCAUUCCUAUGUAUUCCUGCAAUGUAAGCAGUUCAGCGGGAGAGAAGCGCAAACAUUCAGCUGCAUUUCCUGAAAGCAGUUUCCUUGAUUCAACCCCUGGAACUGUUAGCGGCCAGUACAUAAGCCAGGGUUCUUCCACUGGUGAGGGUCAGUCGGCACAACCCAUGGUGCCUUGCAGCUCUACCCAGCAUAUUGUAGGACUUCCUAGCGGCCCACAGCCUGUCCACUCCAAUUCUGUCUUCAAUCCUUCCCAUUACCCAAACAGUUCGUCAUCUCAGCAAUCUGUCCUCUCCCAGUAUGGGGGGCGCAAGAUCCUGGUGUGCUCUGUGGACAACUGUUAUUGCUCUUCAGUGUCUAACCACAGUGGCCACCAACCAUAUCCAAGAUCUGGCCACUUUCCAUGGACAGUCUCUUCCCAAGAAUACUCUCAUCCUCUUCCACCCACCCCUUCCGUAACACAGUCUCUUCCAGGACUCGCUGUCAGAGAAUGGAUUGAUGCUACCCAGCAACAUGGCCGUCAAGAUUUCUAUAGGGUCUAUGGGCAGCCCGCCACAAAGCACUACGUCACCAGUUAACUUUUACAGCAAGCUAGCCUUGUUAAAUAUGCAUACAGUAAAAGAAACCCCCAACACUCGGAACAGAACAACCUUAACCUUGUUUAGUGGUGGACAACCUUUUCACUUCUGAAUACGGUUAACACAGGAUUGUUUUUAUACUUUUGCUUUAAUUCUGAUAAUUCUGGACAAUGGCGUAUGCCUUUUCCCCCUAUCUAGAAUAACAACCAAUUAGUUAUUUCCGUUUUUUUAGUUAUAUUUUUGUUUUUCAGUGCUUUGAAGCUUUCGCUGGCGUUUCCUCUUUGAUACAAACAAUUGUUAAGGUUUUCUUUUGUGUGCGUUUUUUUCCCCUUUGUUUCGUAUCAGUUUAGAUGACUAUGUUGCUUUAGAAAUAACCAUUUCUCGUGGUAGGAGUUUUAAGUUAAAAGGCCACUUAUCAUAGAGACACUGUUUUUUUUUAUUGUAUGUUUUAGAAACGUGUAAAUACACAAUUAUCUGAAAAGUGCAAAGUACACAAAAAAAAAAAAGGGAACGAUAAAGUUAUGUUUGCAGGGAGGGAAUCGGGCAACUCCCACAAAUGUCUUAUAUCAUGCAGUAAAGAGACGGACGUUGCCCUAGAGCGGAGCUCCGAGUGAAGCAUUCUAAUCUAGAACACCAAUGCAUUAACAGAACAUGACAUUUCUCUCUUCUGCACUUUUACUUGAAGUCUAAACCUAUCAGAUAAGGCUAUUUCUAUAUUUUUAUUAUGUUGGAGAUCAAAAAAAAUAAAAUUGCAGGGACGGGGGAAAUGUUAAAUUUUGUAUAUAAAGUAAGAAGAAAUACAGGGUAAUUUUUUUCCCAAAACUUUGAUCCUAUGUAAUACCGCUAAAUCAUAAAAGUUUGAAAGAAUAAUCUUUGCUCCAUAUACAGUUUCCAUGGACCAAGGCUAUUGUUGUAGAUGAUAUAUACAUGGAUAUGUAAGGCCCAACAUGGUAAAUGGUCUUUUAGCUUAAAAUUUUUUUUUUUUGUUAACAUUCCAAAUACACAUUAAAAAGUGCAAUUCAACAUUUUUCACUUAAAAAAAACAAAAUAGAACAUUUUGCUUUACAGACAAAAUCGUUUCUGGAGUGCCACAAACGUAAUUCUAAAAAAAGAACAACAAAAAAAAUACAAAAUGUAUGUAUGUACAGUAUACGGUCCAAGCACUUUUUUUCCUCUCUUUUUUUUUUUCUGCAGCAUUAAUUAAUGAAUCAUUUAAUGCCAUAUUGUAAUAUUACAGCAAUAAGACUUUGUACUGUAUGUUGCUAAGGGACUAUAAUGGCAGAAGGUUUGUUUGUGAAGGCACUUGAACAAUGGGCACCAAUGUGGACAACAGAGCAAUGGAUAUAACAAGUACUGCAUGACAACCAACUGAUGUGCGGUAUGCUCCUGUGUUUUCUUGCCUUUAUCUAUGUCAGUGUUGGAUCUGGUGGUAGGCUAAUACCACGCUCCUCUUAAAGCAGCAGUCCCGCUUACUUGGUCAAAACAAAAAUGGAAUAAAAAAAUCUUUUUAUAAACUA